GGUUUCUUGACUAAUCCCAACAACCUUCCAACAAAAAAUUAUAUUAUUAUAUUCUCGUAUAUAUAUUACGGAGUAAACUUUAAGAAUCCCCCUCUUUCUACACUUCACUUCAGUAUACUCCGCCCGCCCAAAAGCAUUAUAAAUGAUUGCAAGAAAGUUCUCAUAAGUUAGAGAAAUAUAACUGUUGAGAUUUCAACGUAGUUUCUUCCGCUCUCCACGUAUCAUUAGUUGGAAGAUGAGCAAGCUAAAAUCAUCGAACUUGGAACUAGACCUAGAUCGACCCAACAUUGAAGAUUACCUUCAUCCCGAUUCCAUUCAAGAACCUCUCGGCAAGCUUCGAUUGCGCGAUUUACUGGACAUUUCACCCACCCUGACAGAAGCAGGUGGUGCCAUUGUCGAUGACUCCUUCACACGAUGUUUUAAGUCAAAUCCUCCAGAACCUUGGAACUGGAAUAUAUAUUUGUUCCCGCUGUGGUGUUUGGGAGUCGUAGUUAGAUAUGGAAUUCUUUUUCCUGUAAGGGUGUUGAUUCUGACAUUAGGUUGGAUAAUAUUUCUUUCAUGUUACAUCCCGGUUCAUGUGCUAUUAAAAGGGAAUGAUAAGCUGAGGAAAAAGUUAGAGAGAGGUCUAGUGGAGUUACUUUGUAGCUUCUUUGUCGCAUCAUGGACCGGAGUUGUCAAAUACCAUGGCCCUAGGCCAUGCGCAAGGCCCAAGCAGGUAUUUGUGGCCAAUCAUACGUCCAUGAUCGAUUUCAUCAUUUUAGAGCAAAUGACGGCAUUUGCCGUGAUCAUGCAAAAACAUCCAGGAUGGGUUGGACUUAUACAAAGCACUAUCUUGGACAGUGUGGGGUGUAUAUGGUUCAAUCGGUCGGAAGCAAAAGAUCGUGAGGUUGUAACAAGAAAGUUAAGGGAACACGUUGAGGGUGCCGAAAACAACCCUCUUCUUAUAUUUCCUGAAGGAACUUGUGUAAAUAAUCAGUAUACUGUUAUGUUCAAGAAGGGUGCAUUUGAACUUGGAUCCACUGUUUGCCCAAUUGCAAUUAAGUACAACAAAAUCUUUGUUGAUGCGUUUUGGAAUAGCAAAAAACAAUCUUUCACAACACAUUUACUACAGUUGAUGACAUCAUGGGCUGUGGUGUGUGAUGUUUGGUACCUGGAACCCCAAAAUAUGAAGCCAGGAGAAACACCUAUUGAAUUUGCCGAAAGGGUGAGGGACAUCAUCUCAGUUCGUGCAGGUAUUAAAAUGGUUCCAUGGGACGGAUACUUGAAAUAUGCUCGCCCAAGCCCAAAACAUAGGGAGCGCAAGCAGCAAAGCUUUGCAGAGUGGGUGUUGCGUCGGUUGGAGGACAAGUAGGGGUUAUAAAUGAGUGUCUCAUCUAAUAAAACUACUUGGGUGUUAGCUUCUUUGUUUGGAACAAGUUGUAGUAUUAGUUAAAUGUUUAAAUUAUCUCUUUAUAUAUUGAUCCAUGAAAAUUGAAGCACUUCUUUUCUAAA